GUCCAGCCCACAGCCAGCGAAACGAUGUCCCUCGCCGGCGACGGCGACGGCGAUGCCGACGCGGUGGUCCUGGAGAUCACCGACGCAUCGCCAUCAUCGACCUUCUCCACGGAGGACGCUCCCCCUUCCACGCCACGACCUCCUCCCAUCCCCAUCCCGGUCUCCGCCCUCGCCCACCCCGUCCCGCACCCGACCGUGGCCGUCCGCGCCGGCCGGAGCAGGCUAGUCGAGAGCUCCUCCUACUUCCGUGCCCUCCUCGGCGGCAGCUUCAGUGAGUCGGGCAGAGGAUAUGUUCAGAUCAGCUGCGACCUGGAGGCGGCCGUGCAGGUCCUGCGGUACCUGUUCGAGCCUUCCGCGAGCUUCUCGAUUACGCAUGAGAAUUUCAUCCCGCUGUUGGAGGGUGCUCUGUUUCUUGUUGUUGAGAGCCUUCUAGUGGAGUGUGAAAGGUGGUUGAGAACCAUGGGAUCUCAAAGUUCCUCCAUGUUGCUCCCAUUGGAUUUCAUAAUUGAGGUCUGGUACUUUGCUCAAGAGCACGGGAUUAGUUUUGUUGAAGACGUGUGCCCAGGAUAUUUAGCUCAGAAUUUUGUAGAGGUUAUCUCCAGGAGGUCGUUUGUUAAAAUACCUUACGAUCUGUUAUGUUCUACCAUUGAAUGCCCUCAACUGACUGUGGAUAGUGAAACACAAUUGUGUGAAGCAAUUUUGUAUUGGGUUUCCGCAAGUAUGCAGCCCUGUGAACUAGUCCCCAACACAUCAGAUAGCCAACUCUCCCUUCUUAGCAAGGUUAGAGUAUGCCUUUUACCUUUGGGAUAUGUAGCAGGGACAAGAAGAAACUGGGUUGAAUUGGGAAAAAAUAUGAUUCUUAAUAUGCUGAAGGACCGUUUACAAGGACUACUGGGUGCAAUUGCUGAUGACGACAUGGAAAGUUACCGUAUUCGCAUAACGGAAUAUUCCAAGAAAGUAGUACUUUCGGGAUGUUCACAAUUAUCUACCGAAUUCUUGUACAUAUCAGUGCUCCCCACUGAUCUGGAUGCUGUUUUUAAGCAAAGGAUAAUAAGUUCAUACAGCCAGGUUGACUAUCGAAGUUUCGCGCUUUACAAUGAGCUGGAGAAGGGCGUUAAAACCUUAUCAUUUAGAAAUGUACACACGGUGGACCUUUCAAAAUGUCCAAAUGUACAUUUUGGUGCAGCAAUUGACUGGUUGAAGUUGGCAUUUCCAGAAUUAAGGACAUUCAGAGCUGCAUAUUGUUUGCAGUUUCAGUUUCAAGAUUUGCAAUAUCUGUUCCUGAGGUGUCCAUGGAUUAAAGAAGUUGAUUUGGCUAUUGAUACGAGUGUUGUACUACCCAAGUAUUCAGUUAUAUCUUCUAGAUUUGAAGUUCGACGUGAAAUGAAUCCAAAUUUGUCUAGCUAUUACAUGCAAAGUCUGAUAUAUGAGACCCCAAUAAAUCCAGAUUUCUCAAAUAUAUCAAAAUUGACAUUGGAAGGCAGAAAUGAUAUUACUGAUGAGAACUUGCUGGAGAUAUCCCUGCUGACAAAUUCCCUGUGUUAUAUAAACAUUAAAAAUUGCUGCCAGUUAACAGAUGAUGGUAUAUCUACACUACUGAUGAAUUGUACACAGAUCCACUCAAUGAUUAUUUCUUAUACUUGUUUUGGAAAUCACUCAGUUCAAACGCUAUGCUCGUUUGAAUCUUCAGACAACUUUACUGACCACAAGGAUGAAAGUUCUCAUGUUAUGGCCUUUAGGUUGCAAGAACUACAUCUGGAAGGCUGCAAAGGUGUUAGUUAUGAUGCGAUGUCCCAGCUAAUGAGUAAUAUGAAUAUCGUGAAGUCCUUAUGCUUGAAGGAAACAUCGCUUACAGAUGGUGCUCUUUGCAACUUUGUCGGCUCUUCUCUUGAGUACCUUGAUAUUUCAGAGACUGUGGUUUCUAUGAUAUCAUUAGCACCAAUUGUACGAAGAAAUUCUAAUUUGACCUGCUUGAAAACAGUUGGAUGUCGUAACCUGCUGUUUCAACAUGGUGGGGUAAAAUCCAUGAGCGGUAACAAGUACGGAGAUUUUCUUCAGCAGAUAACCGACACUUGCUGUUUGGAGGAUGUCGAAAUGGGCCGGGCAUUUUGCCCUAGUCGACUAAAUGACCUUAUGCCUUCUUUUAGUAAAAUAAGGAAGAUGACAGUUGGCCUUGGCACAACAUUACCAGAGAAUAUCCUGCAUGCUCUUCCUGAGAUUUGCCCAUUUCUCGAGUCUUUGGUUCUUAGGUUUCAGGUAAUCUCUGACAAAAUUGUAAGAAAUCUGUUGGAAUCCUCAAUAAAUCUUCAGGUGCUUUGCCUCCACUAUUGCCUUGGCAGUUUAACUUCGUUUAGCUUUCAAAUGAAGGCACCAGCGUUAAGGAUAUUACGGCUCCAGUGGGUUACUCCAUGGAUCACAAAUGAUGAUUUGACAAUUCUUAUACAGAACUGUAAUUUAGUUGAACUUGCGCUGUCUGGUUGCAAACUCCUCGACUCAAGCUCUCAAGAGAUAAUCUCGUCUGGGUGGCCAAACUUGGCAUGUUUACACCUUGAGGAAUGUGGUCAGAUAACACUUGAGGGUGUUUCUUUUAUUUUAAAUUGUAAAGCUUUGGAAGAUGUGUUACUUCGGCACACGGGUCGAGGUAUUGGAAGAAGCGUCACAACAGAUGCUAUGAGAGAGUUACCUCUCCUAAGGAAGCUCGCACUGGACCUUUGCGAUGCCUCUGAAGGAGGCUACGAUACCCCGAACAACCCGGAGGGGAAUAUGCUGAGGAGUGUGAGGAUGAGCCGAUGCAAGGCGGCGAGGUCGAGCUUCGAGCUUCACAGAGAGGUGUCCUCCUCAAAGCCAGUGCACAAGGAGACCAUAGUGCUGGAGUGGACCAGCAGGCAGCUCAGAACCACCGUAGUGCAAGAAAGACUGUAACUAAUUAGUACUAAUAUAUCUUGAAGCAACGGUUUUAUUUUUAAAGCAUGGAGCAUUCAGUUUGAUGGAAAAACGUAUUAGUCA